CAAUGUCAACCCGCGUCAUAAAAAUCUCUUAUUAUAUACUGUGGGAGAGAUAAUGAGACAAAUGAAAGAAAAUGGAUUAUAAGACAUGCAAGCCUCAAUUUCUUCUCUUACUUACCAAUGUUGACAACCAUAUAAUUAGUUAAUAUAGGUGCCUACUUAGUGCCUGCCUAAAUAUAUGCAACAAAUCCCUGUUUUGACCAAGUAUAUAUCCAUCCACCCCUCAUCCUCCAUGUUCCCUAAACAAAUAAUUUUUUAUUCUUUCUUUUCCAGUUUUCCGCCUUCACAGAAAUGCAGAAUCACAACAAAUCUUUGAUUCUUUUUAUAUUUUAGGUAUUUACAAAAACCUUUUAUACUUUGCUUUCUAUAAAUGAAUUAAUACCAUAAAAGUUCAGAGAGGAGAAAAGCAAGUGUGCAUCCGAGCCCCUGAUAGAUGAUUAAAACUUUGGCAGAAAGUUGAAGAGGAAAAGAGAAAUGUUGCAGAGAGCAGCAAAAAAUGCAUAUUCAUGGUGGUGGGCUAGCCACAUUAGGUCUAAGCAGUCUAAAUGGUUGGACCAAAACCUCCAUGAUAUGGAGGAGAAGGUAGGUUACAUAGUCAAGAUCAUUGAUGAAGAUGGAGACUCUUUUGCGAGGAGGGCAGAAAUGUACUACAGAAAGAGGCCAGAGAUUCUGAACUUUGUGGAGGAUACCUUUAGGAAUUACAGAGCUCUAGCAGAGAGAUAUGAUCACAUAUCAAGAGAGCUUCAAAACGCUAAUCGCACCAUAGCAAAUGUGUAUCCAGAAAGAGUUCAAUUAGCGAUGGAUGAUGAAGAUGGUGAAAGUUUCCUGGGAGGACUAACUGGAACUCCUGAGGAAUGGAGUGCUUCCUCCAAGGAUUUGCCAGCUGCCCCAAAGUUACCGAGAGCUCUCUCAAUGUCCAGGAAGGCUAAGCAACCAUCGCGAAUGAUGUCUAAGAAGGGGCUUCUCAAGUUCAAUGCCAUUGAUGAUGUUAAGCCCUUUUCAAGCUGCUCAGGGCUGAGCAAAGAGGAGGCACUUGGGGAGAUCGAUGAACUUCAGAAGCAAAUUCUGGCGCUGCAAACUGAGAGAGAGUUUGUGAAGAGUUCAUAUGAAAACGGGGCGAAAAGGUACUGGGAUAUUGAGAACCAGAUAAAUGAGAUGCAGGCAAAUGUUAACAGCUUACAAGAUGAGUUUGGGAUAGGCACCAUUAUUGAGGAUAACGAGGCUCGCUCUCUGAUGGCAUCCACAGCACUGAAAUCGUGCCACAAGACACUGGAACGGUUACAAGGACAACAUGAGAAGUCAAAUAAAGAGCUUGCUGUUGAAAGUGGGAAGGUUCAGAAUCUCACAAUGAAAUUUGAUACACUAGUGGAAACACUUGCGGCCAGCCAGGAGCUUAAGCAACAGAAACUGCCCUCUAAAGAGAGAAAACCUCCCAAGCCAAAUAUGGACUCGAGGAAAUCAGAGCAGCAAGUAGGAAGUACUAAACAAGGGAGGAUUGAUGUGGAGUCAUUACGCAAACAGAUUAAAGAAGAACUGCAGGUAUCAUCCAGUGCCACAGAUCUUAACAUGUCUGAACUGGCUGAGAAGGUUGAUGAACUCGUGGAAAAGAUCAUAAGUUUGGAAAGUGCAGUGUUGUCCCAGAACACUUAUGUUAACAGAUUGAAGGCAGAGGCGAAUGAGCUUCAUGAACAUCUUCAUAAAGUAGAAGACGAGAAGGAAAGUUUGAUUCAAGACUCUGAGAACAUGAAUAAGAAGAUAAGACAACUCGAGGAAGAGCUUCAGAGAGUUCUGAAUCUAAAUCAUAAAACCAACAACCAUAGCAAUCAUCUCCAAACUCGCAUUGCUGAAGCAAGUUGCAAGCUAGAUGACCUCGCUGGGAAGCUGAUAAAUGUUUUGCCAGAGGAAGAGACAAAUACUACUUCUGCUUCUGGCCAAGAGCAGCUUCAGGUGCAUAAAGACCUUUCUGCAAAUAAUAGCAAUUCCACUGUCUCAAGUGAUCGAAUGGCAAAAGACAAUCUAAAGAAAGAUGGAAAGGAGAUUCAAGCACACAAAGACAAUCUAAAGAAAGAUGGAAAGGAGAUUCAAGCACACAAAGACAAUCUAAAGAAAGAUGGAAUGGAGAUUCAAGCACACAAAGACAGUCUAAAGAAAGAUGGAAAGGAGAUUCAAGCACACAAAGACAGUCUAAAGAAAGAUGGAAAGGAGAUUCAAGCACACAAAGACAAUCUAAAGAAAGAUGGAAGGGAUAUUCAAGCACACAAAGACAGUCUAAAGAAAGAUGGAAGGGAGAUUCAAGCACACAAAGAGAGUCUAAAGAAAGAUGGAAAGGAGAUUCAAGCACACAAAGAGAGUCUAAAGAAAGAUGGAAAGGAGAUUCAAGCACACAAAGACAGUCUAAAGAAAGAUGGAAAGGAGACUCAAGCACACAAAGAGAGUCUAAAGAAAGAUGGAAAGGAGAUUCAAGCACACAAAGAGAGUCUAAAGAAAGAUGGAAAGGAGAUUCAAGCACACAAAGACAAUCUAAAGAAAGAUGGCAAGGAGAUUCAAGCACACAAAGACAAUCUAAAGAAAGAUGGAAAGGAGAUUCAAGCACACAAAGACAAUCUAAAGAAAGAUGGAAGGGAGAUUCAAGCACACAAAGACAAUCUAAAGAAAGAUGGAAGGGAGAUUCAAGCACACAAAGACAAUCUAAAGAAAGAUGGAAAGGAGAUUCAAGCACACAAAGACAAUCUAAAGAAAGAUGGAAAGGAGAUUCAAGCACACAAAGACAAUCUAAAGAAAGAUGGAAAGGAGAUUCAAGCACACAAAGACAAUCUAAAGAAAGGUGGAAAGGAGAUUCAAGCACACAAAGACAAUCUAAAGAAAGGUGGAAAGGAGAUUCAAGCACACAAAGACAAUCUAAAGAAAGGUGGAAAGGAGAUUCAAGCACACAAAGACAAUCUAAAGAAAGGUGGAAAGGAGAUUCAAGCACACAAAGACAAUCUAAAGAAAGGUGGAAAGGAGAUUCAAGCACAUGAUGCCAUACCGGCUGGUCAUAGCACUUUGGCCAUCUCAGGGGAUAAAUCGACUGAAGAGAAGCAGAUGAAAGAUGGAAAUCCAGAACAAGGAAUUCAACAAUACUCGAGGACACAAGUGGAGCAAGAUGAACUUGUCACCAAAGACGAUAAGCCAAAUUGGAAAGAGUUAUUUUUAAAUGGUUUGGAUGAGAGAGACAAGGUUCUAAUAGAUGAGUACACAUCUGUGCUGGUAAAUUACAGGGAAGUAAAGAACAAGCUUAACGAAGCAGAGAAGAAACGGAGGGCUAGCCAGUUCCAAUAUGUUGUUCAGGUAAAAGUUCUGAAGAAUUCUAAUGCCUUGAAGGAUGCACAGAUUCAAUCUCUGCAGAAGAAACUAAGCUUGCUUCAAGAGAACCAUUUGGAAUCUCCAAAGUCGAGUGAAAGUACAGUGAAAGCCAGCUUGGAUACUACAGAUGUCCCUCACAAACUAACCCUCUCUGAAUUAUUAGAUGAUUCAAUCCUUAAAGAAACAGCAUCUCAAGAAAAGAGUAAAGGUGAUCCUGCCGGAGAAGAAACAACAUCUCAAGAAGAGAUUAAGUCUCCAAGCACCAAAGAGGAUGGAGAAGAUCCCAUCCCUGAGGUGCCUAUUGUUGAAGAGCCUCACAGUCUUUCAGCCAUUGAAGAAAAGAUACGCACAGAUAUUGAUGACCUAUUGGAAGAGAACAUACAAUUCUGGCACAGGUUUAGCAACGCUUUCCAGCUGAUACGAAAAUAUGAAACUUCAGUCCAGGAUUUACACACUGAGCUGCAGGAUGCCAGAGAAAAGGCCAAGCAAGAAGGGAAUAAUAAACCCAUGUCACUAUUCUCAGCAGUCCGGCCUAUAUACAGACAUCUGAGAGAAAUACUGACCGAGUUAAUGCUAUGGCUGGAAAGCAAUGCAGUUCACAAAGAAGACUUACAGAACAGGUUGUUAUCUCUUUCCAACAUUGAAGAUGAGAUAACGAGGUUGUCAAGGGCAGGGCCUGAAGGGGAAGAAGAGCUGGGUGCCUAUCAAGCUGCAAAGUUCCAAGGUGAGAUUCAGAAUAUGAAACAGGAGAAUAAAAAGGUUGCAACCCAGCUGCAAGCAGGAGUUGAGCUUGUGCACAAGCUGCAAGACAAUAUUACUAAGACAAUAUCAAAACUUGAUGAGGAAUUUGGAUUCAAAAAAGAUAACUCAUCAAGUCGUUCCAGGAUUCCCUUGAGAUCCUUCCUGUUUGGAACGAAGGUGAAGAAACAGAAGCCAUCCCUCUUUGCAUGUGUAAGUCCAGCACUGCAGAGACAGUAUAGUGAUAUAGUAUUACCAGAAUAG